AUGACGCUCAGGGUGCGCGAGCACGAACGAAGCCGCGAGCGCACGCACCAUCGCGACCUGCCACGGCGACCGUCCAGCGAGUACCUGCUGGACGAGGAGGGCGCGCGGUCGGUGUCCGUGGCAGACAUCCGCGCGCCCGCGGAGGACCUUUGGAGGGACCGCAGCACAGUCCUGGAACGACACGGCUUCAUCCCAGAGGAGGUCAUCGGAUCCGGCUCCUACGCUGUCGUCAAGAAGGCACACUCGCUGAAGUACAACAGGGAUGUGGCGAUCAAGAUAAUCUCCAAGUUCUACGCUCCUUCUGACUAUAUGAGGAGGUUCCUGCCGAGGGAAAUCAGAGUUGUGCAGAACUUGAAGCACAAGAAUAUGGUCAGAUUCCUGCACGCCAUUGAGACGACUCAUCGGAUCUACAUCGUGAUGGAGUUCGCGCCGAACGGCAGUCUGCUGGACGUGAUCCAGAAGGACGGACACAUCGACGAGGUGCGCAGCCGCCACUGGUUCGGGCAGCUGGUUGACGUCGUCUCCUACAUCCACAGCAAGCGCGUUGUCCACAGGGACAUCAAGUGUGAGAACCUGCUGAUGGACGCCGAGAUGAACGUGAAGCUGUCCGACUUCGGGUUCGCGCGGCGCUUCACGCCGCCCUCCAAGGACGGCCCCGGCAGCCCGCUAAGCGAGACCUUCUGCGGCAGCUACGCCUACGCCGCCCCCGAGAUCCUCAAGGGCAGGCCCUACCGCCCCGACCUCAGCGACAUCUGGUCCAUGGGCGUCGUGCUCUACGCCAUGGUCUUCGGGCGCCUGCCCUUCGACGACUCCAACUACACCAAGCUUCUCAAGCAAGUGCAGAGCCGGGUGGUGUUCCCCAAGGAGCCGCAGGUGUCCUCGGCGUGCAAGCUGCUCAUCACGCGCAUCCUGGCGCCCAUUGUGAGCCGCGCGCGCAUGUCCUCCAUCAGGGACGACCCGUGGAUGGCCUUGGGCGGCGAGCGCGGUGCCUCCACGUCUUCCGAGGACGGAUCCCAGAGAGCCUCGACGGCGUCGGAAGACGGUGCGCAGGCGGGCCCCAGCCACCAGGAGCCACAGCCGGUGCCGCUGGUGACCAAGGAGGCCCUGGAGCGCGCCGCCAGCAAGGGACUGGCGCAGGCACAGAGCGACAGCCGCCGGCGGGCGCUCGCCGCGUCGCUGCACGCCGGGCGGGCCAACUCCGAUUCCGACGCCUCGCCGGUCACGUUUGAGCGCCCCUCCAAAACCUGA